CAAAGUGUGGUUUGUGAUUUGGAAGCUAUUUGAUUUUCAAUGCAAAUUUUGUUGUAAUGAUUAAAAUAUUAGUAGAUUUCAUUUGUUAGUAUAAUAUGGCACCCACUAUUCAAACUAACGGUAACACAACCGAACGUGAUAAACGUACGGCAAGACCAGCAGAGAAAAGAUCAGAGUUAAUAUGUAGAGUUAAAUAUUGUAAUACAUUACCUGAUAUACCAUUUGAUCCAAAAUUCAUUACAUAUCCUUUUGAAUCUACUCGGUUUAUUCAGUAUAAUCCAACAUCACUGGAACGUAAUUAUAAGUAUGAAGUACUCACAGAACAUGAUUUAGGUGUAGAAAUUGAUCUUAUAAAUAAAGAUACAUAUGCUGGAGAUGUCAAUGCUCAGUUAGAUCCUGCUGAUGAAAAACUUCUAGAAGAAGAUGUCCUUACUCCACAAGAUUCUAAAAGAUCUAGACAUCAUGCUAGAAGUGUGUCUUGGCUGAGACGUACUGAAUAUAUUUCCACAGAACAAACGAGAUUUCAGCCACAAACUGUGGAUAAAGUUGAAGCUAAAGUUGGUUAUAGCAUCAAGAAAAACUUCAAAGAAGAAACAUUAUAUAUGGAUCGUGAAAGUCAAAUAAAAGCUAUAGAAAAAACAUUUGAAGAUAAUAAGAAAUCAAUUGAAAGACAUUACAGUAAACCAAAUGUAGUACCUGUAGAAAUUUUGCCAGUAUUUCCAGAUUUCAAGCUAUGGAAAUAUCCUUGUGCACAAGUCAUAUUUGAUUCAGAUCCAGCUCCAACUGGACGUUCGGUACCUGCUCAAAUUGAAGAAAUGUCACAAGCUAUGAUACGGGGUGUGAUGGAUGAAAGUGGUGAACAAUUUGUAGCAUACUUCUUACCAUUGGAAGAGACAUUAGAAAAGCGUAGACGAGAUUUCACAGCUGGUAUUGACUAUGCAGAUGAUGAAGAAUAUGAAUAUAAAAUGGCUAGAGAAUAUAAUUGGAAUGUUAAGAGUAAAGCGUCAAAAGGAUACGAAGAAAAUUAUUUCCUUGUCAUAAGACCAGAUGGGGUGUAUUAUAAUGAGUUAGAAACACGAGUACGUCUUAGCAAGCGUCGUCAAAAAGUUGGACAACAACCAAAUAACACGAGGUUGAUAGUGAGACAUCGUCCGCUUAAUGCUAAUGAAUUUAAAAUGCAAAGAUAUAGAGAAAAACAGUUGGAACCACCAGGAGAAGAAGAUGAAGAUGAAGAAGAAGAAGAAGAAGAGGAAGAAGAAGAACCUCAGCAAGAAGCUGAGAAAACAGAGGAAAGAGAAGGAUCUGAAAAUGAGGCUGAAUCCAGAGCAUCAUCAAGAGCAUCAUCCAGAGUAUCCAGUAGAAAAUCUCGCUCUCGUUCAAAAUCGGGUUCUAGAUCAAAAUCUCGUUCUGCGUCACCAUCGAAGUCUCGAUCUGCUUCUCGUUCACGUUCGGAAUCCCAGUCCCCUUCUAGAUCGCGUAGCAAAUCAAGAUCAAGAUCUGGUACUCCUCAAUCUAGAAACUCUUCGAAAUCAAGAUCUCGAUCAAAGUCACCUUCGAGAUCUCGUUCUGGAUCUCCAGUUAAAUCUCGAUCUGGAUCCCCAUCGAGUUCGAAAUCUAGAUCGAAGUCGAGAUCUCUUUCACGAUCAAGAUCAGCUAGUGGCAGUGGAAGUGAGUCUGGUAGUGGCAGUAGUGAAAGUGGUUCUGAAAGUGAAUAA